GGCUGUGGCCAGGGGCGGUGGCCGCCGCCCCGGGGCGACAUGGCAGGGCCCGGGCGCUGGGCCCCGCUGCUCCUGUGCCUGCUGCAGGCCGCUCCAGGGAGGCCCCGUCUGGCCCCUCCCCGGAAUGUGACGCUGUUCUCCCAGAACUUCAGCGUGUACCUGACGUGGCUCCCGGGGCCUGGCAGCCCUGAGGAUGUGACCUAUUUCGUGGCCUACCAGAGCUCUCCCACCCCCCAACGGUGGCGAAAAGUGGAAAAGUGUGCGGGAACCAAGGAGCUGGUGUGCCCCAUGAUGUGCCUGAAGAAGCAGGACCUGUACAACAAGUUCAAGGGCCGCGUGCGGGCAGUGUCUCCCCACGCCAGGUCCCCCUGGGUGGAGUCCGAGUACCUGGAUUACCUUUUUGAAGUGGAGCCUGCCCCGCCCGUCCUGGUGCUCAACCUGACAGAGGACAUCCUGAGUGCCAAUGCCACGUACCAGCUGCCCUCCUGCAUGCCCCAACCAGACCUGAACUACGAGGUGGCAUUCUGGAAGGAGGGGUCCAGAAACAAGACUCUAUUCCCAGCCACCCCGCACGGCCAGCCGGUCCAGAUCCCCCUCCAGCCGGCCACCAGCGAACACCACUGCCUCAGUGCCAGAACCAUCUACACCCUCACUGUCCCCAAAUACAGCGAGUUCUCUAAGCCCACCUGCUUCUUCCUGGAGCCCCCAGGAGCCAGCUGGGCAUUCCUGGUCCUGCCGUCACUUCUGCCCCUGCUGCUAGUAAUUGCCACAGGGGGUGUCAUCUGGAAGAGCCUCACAGGGGACCCCUGGUUCCAGCAGGCAAAGAUGCCACAGGCUCUGGACUUCUCUGGACUCAGACACUCCAUGGCAGCCUUUCAGCCUAGGGGACCAGAGUCUCUGGAUGACUUGGUCCUCUGUCCCCAAAAGGAACUGGCUGGAAGGGCCAGGCUGACCCCUAGAGUCAGGGCCCCAGCCACCCUAUGGGCAGGAUCAGAGAAGGACGGUGCUGAGGACGAGGAGGAGGAGGACGCGGAGGACUCAGAGGAUGGCGUCAGUCUCCAGCCCUACAUCCAGCCUCCCCCUUUCCUGGGGCAAGGGUGCCCAUUGCCAGGGUACCCCGAGGAGGCAGACAGGCUGGACUCAGGGAGGCCCUGGGCUCCUCUGGUCCCAGGUGAAGGCUCCUAUACUGGGGACUCUUCAGACCGAAGCUGGGCCAGUACUGUGGACUCCUCCCCCUGGGAUGAGACUGGGUCCUCCGGCUGCCUGGCCAAGGAGGGGCCAGACCAAGGGCCAGGGCAAGACGGGCAUGGAGAGCCUCUACCACCACCUGAAUUCUCCGGGGACUCAGGUUUCCUGGAAGAACUCCCAGAAGAUGCUCUCUUCCCUUGGGCCGCCUGGGGCUCCUCAUUGCCAGAGCUGGAUCUGGUCCCUGGGGAGCCCCUAGUUUCUCUGCAGACACUGACCUUCUGCUGGGACAGCAGCCCUGAGGAGAAGGAGGAGGAGGAGGAGGAGGAAGAAGAGGAGGAGGAGGAGGAGGAGGAAGAUGAGGGCAGGAGUGAAUCAGAGAUUGAUGACAGCGGUGCUGGCAGCUGGGGGGCUGAGAGCACUCUGAGGACCAAGGAAAGGAUGCUGGGCCACUACAUGGCCAGGUGAGCUGUCCCCAGCUUCCCACCGAAUCUGGUGCUACUGUCACAGCUACUGGGCUUCCCAAGGACCAGGGAAGACACCACUGAAACUCGUGGGCGUGCGCACCUUCCCGAGGGAGCGGAGGGUCAUUGUGGCACUUCAAGGUCCCUCACCUAGAGGCUGUUUGUCAGUUGGGUCUGGCAGCAAGAUGCCACCCCUUCCUAUGACCCACCUGCUUUAGGCUGAACUCUAAGAGGGGCAGAGACGGGUGGGUUGAGGUCAGAGGUUGAUUGGGUCAUAAUAGGUCAUAUCACCCCACUGUCCCAGGGGUGACAGGCCAA